AUGGACGUCAACAGGAGACUGGGGAUGAGGGACGCGCUGCUGGCGCUGCUGCUCGCCGUGCUGCAGGGAUUUCCUCUCGGGGAAACGGUCCCGAACCCGUCCCCGCUGGUCGGAUCCAACUGGGGGAACCCGAGGAGAUAUGUUCACCUGCAGACAUCCACAGACCUGAACAACUUCUACCUGGAGAUCAGAUUAGAUGGCACAGUGCGCAAAACCACAGCCAGGAGUUCAUAUAGUGUGAUUUUACUGAGAGCUGAAACAAGAGAGCGCAUUGCCAUCCUCGGCGUCAAAAGUAGCCGUUACCUGUGUAUGGACCUGGAGGGCAACCCAUACAGCUCGCCCACCUGCCUCAGAGACGACUGCCUGUUCAACCACAGACUUCUGGAGAACAACCGGGACGUGUACUACUCGAGCCGGACCGGCAUCCUGUUCAACCUGGAGGGCUCCCGGCAGGUGUUCACGGCGGGCCAGAACCUCCCGCAGACCUCCCUCUUCCUGCCCAAGAAGAACACGGUGCCGCUGGAGCGCCUCCUGCUGCACCGGGAGAAGCGGAACCAGGUGGUGGACCCCUCGGACCCGCACAACGUCUACUUCGGCCAGACCGAGGAGGGCUCGGACUCCCGGGCGGUUCCGGAGGACGACGCAGACCUGGAGCCGGAGCCGGAGGUGGAGCCGGAGGUGGAGGUGGAGGUGGAGGCCGGGGACGAUGCGCGGAACCUGUCCCGGGAGACGCCGCUGGCUCCGUCCACCCACGACCCCUGGAACGUGCACUCGUCCAACCCGGCCAGCCCCCGGAGCGCCGGGACCAUGGGCUGA